AUGACUACGCGUGCAGAGUUAGCUACCCAGGCUUGUGACAUCUGCCGGAAGCGCAAGGUCAAAUGCAAUGUGACUUCGGCAUCGACUGAUGCCCCUUCCAGAUGUGGGCGCUGUGCUAGAUUGGACCUGCCGUGCACCUUUCUAUCUCCAUCCCGGACGCGAGGCCCGAAGAAACGGUACGCUGCUCGACCAGAUGGAGAGAAUGGGGAGGCCCGGGUUUUGGGUGCCAUCAAUUAUCCCACGGAUGAUCUGUGCGAUCGACCCCUAUUUACCUGCAUCAUGCAGGACUAUUUGGAUUACCUGUAUCCCCUGAUUCCAAUAGUGCAUCAGCCGUCUUUUCGACAGUCGUUGCAGGAGAACCAUGACCGCGAGGAUAGCGGAUUCCUUGGCCUCGUCACCGCCAUCGCUGCGGUGGUUAUCGCCACUAUGCCCAGCAGGUUUCACUCAUAUCGAUGUGCAAACCCACCCCUGAGAUUCACGUCACGUAGGGACAUGGUCCGUCAUUGCUAUGACAAAAUUUUGCGGCUGAGGGACUCGACCUACUUCGACCAUAUUAACUUUCAGAAGUUUGCCAUCUCGUACUUGCUGUAUGCUGCAUUUCGGCAGUUGGGUGACCAUAAUUGGUCCCGUAUGUUAGAUGUGGAGGCAACACAACUCGCUCGCCUGUUAAACCUCCGUCGCAUCUCUGAAUAUGAUGGGCUUAAUUGCAUCGAGACUCAACUGCGGAAGAAGGGCUUUUGGUUGAUUUUCUACGGAUUCGUCCAUAAUCAACUGCAGAAUGUGCUGGGAGAGCGAUUGCCAUACCUGGACCCCAUCCUUCUUCUUUCCAUUAAUCCGGAAGAUCUCAUGCCACUCGAAGUUGAUGACGAAUUUAUCUUCGAGAACGAGGUGCUUAUGCCACCGUCCCAAAGUCCAUGCCUGGUAACGGGCUUUAUCCCCCAUUACAAGGUGUUUUGGGCUGCUAUCAGGAGCGCCUGUCCAGAAUCACCGGCUGGCCCGUGUCCCUGUGUAAGAGCCCGGGAUCCAGCCGUGCAGAUUUCUUACAUCCAGGAUCGUCUUCACAAUUUACGGUUCUUACUGGAUGAUAUCCCACCUCUUCUCCGUCCAUGGCAGCCAUCGGAUACCGAGGCUAUCGCUAACGGUGGAAGCACUGGUGUGACGGAGAUGACGCAGUCACAUUUUGCUUCUAUGCGUGUGAACCUACAUGUCACACACCUGUGGCUACAAAUCUUGCUUGUUGAUCAGCUGGAGGCGGCGCAGGCGCACAAAUCAGAGCUAUCAUUAACAUCUACCGACCAUGCACAACCAAUGCUUGAUGCAAAAGCGUUGUGGCUCCAGAGGGAGGAUCUUUGUCAUCACCUGGAAGCGAACGGUCUACAUUUGGCGCACAAAGUGCGUGAUAUCGCGGCGGGCCUGCUGGUAUGCCCAUUCCAUCCUGCUGGCCCGGAAGCGGAGCGAGCAACCGAGUACCUACGACAGUCAACCGACAUCCUGUCCCGCAUAGACAGUAGCGAAAGCAUGGUCACAAUGCAUCUUCAAACUUGGAUAGAUACAGAUCGAAUAAAAGGAAGUUCAUAA